ACUUCCGGCAGCUUCACAAGGAGGACGUAUUUUCGUGCGGAGACUUGAUUAUAUCUUUAACCGAAAAUGUCUGAGCCCCAAACUAAACGCCAAGCUUUAACAGCUUUAGAACAACUUAGAGGUUUGACUGUUGUAGUUGCUGACACUGGGGAUUUUGAGGCCAUUGGAAAAUACAAGCCAACAGAUGCCACCACAAACCCAUCCCUCAUUUAUGCGGCCUCACAAAUGGAUGCAUAUCAAGAUCUUGUUGAAGAGGCAUUAGAAAAUGCCAGGAACAUGGGAGGAUCAGUUGAGGAACAAGUAACAAAUGCAGUUGAUGAUGUUUACGUUAAAUUUGGAUGUGAAAUUCUGAAGAUUAUUCCAGGCCGUGUCUCAACAGAGGUGGAUGCAAGAAUGUCAUUUGAUAAAGAUGCCAUGAUUGAAAAGGCACUGAAACUGAUAGAUUUAUAUCAGGAACAAGGUAUUGGCAAAGACAGGAUUCUCAUCAAACUUUCAUCUACAUGGGAAGGAGUGGAGGCAGCCAGGGUUUUGGAGAAGGAAUAUGGUAUCCAUUGUAAUAUGACUUUAUUGUUCAACUUCCAUCAGGCAGUUGCAUGUGCAGAGGCAAACGUAACUUUGAUCUCGCCGUUUGUUGGUCGUAUCUUCGACUGGUUUGUCAAGAAUACUGACCAAAAGUCAUAUACGAUGCUUGAGGACCCAGGUGUGAAAAGUGUGACAAAGAUUUACAACUACUACAAGAAGUUUGGUUACAAGACAGUGGUGAUGGGAGCUUCCUUCCGUAACACUGAUCAAAUCAAGGGGCUUGCUGGCUGUGAUCUACUUACUAUUUCGCCAUCCUUACUACAGAAGCUUGCUGACACAUCUGAGGAGGUGGUUCAGCAGCUUUCAGAAAAGAAAGCAAACUUACAAGAUCUGGAGAGAGUAGAAGUGGACGAGAAAAUUUUCCGCUUUGAAAUGAAUGAGGAUGCCAUGGCAACAGAAAAACUUGCAGAAGGCAUCCGAAAAUUUGCAGCUGAUGCCAGAAAAUUGGAAACUGAAUUCAGGAAAAGGUUGCAGAGCUAAUGUAGACGUCAUUUGUCAGGAUGUGCAUUUUCUGUAUUAUCAUGAAGGAAAUUGCCAUUGUCAUUACAAAUGUUAUCAAAAAGAAAACACGGAGGCUAGACUGAUUCAUUAUUGAUGCAUUGCAAUAGCUAUAGUUUAGAAAGUCUCUAAUCGGAACUCUUAUCAUUUAAAGUAUAUCUAUAUAAUUGUAUCGUGGAUAACAUAUUGUGGUCAGAAUGUUUCAAGUUUGAAAGGGUAAUUGUCUUCAAAUAAAAAGAAGGCAAAAGUCUUAUAACAACCAGUACACCACAUGUAUCAUAUUGUUUAACACUAUAUUUUUAUAACACUUUCUAGACUUAAAAAAAACAAUAUCAGAUACUUGUACUUCAAUAUUAACAACUUUUGUUUAAUAGGAAUUCCUCUUCUUGUUCAUUCGCAUAGUAAAUUAAAGAUGUUUUUUCUGUGUGCAAUGGUAAAAUUCUUAACUGGGUAAAAAUUUCAAGAAAAACAUUUUGAAUUUACACAGAGGAUAAUAUAAAGUAUGAUGAAAUUUGUUGUUGAUACAGUUUGAAAUUAUUAGAUAGGUUGUUCUAAACAUCAUUUUUAUGUUGAGAUAUUUAUGGUGUUUGCUAGAAAUAUGAAGUACAUAGACUUAAAUGAUCUUAUACCUUUAGUUACUAAUAAUUUCAAAAACAUACAUAUUGUCUAAAAACAUGUCUGUAAAUAAUAAUAUUCAUUAGAUUUACAUGAUGUACUGUGAAAUCAUUAUUUUUUGUGGGGCUCUAUUUUUUGGGUUUUUUGAGUAUUUUAUGGUGACUUGAUUUCAGAGAUGAAUCAACUUCCAUUUAUUUUAACAUUUUGAUGACAUAAUUUUUGGCUUAAGAGUACCCAAGAAAUCAAUUAUAAACAAAUUCCCCACAAAAAUUAAUGACUUUACAGUAUUUUAAAGUAAUACAGUAAGUUAAUUGUCAUCAGAGUGCCUUUUUAUUCUAUUAUAGCUUUGAUACCACCAUUUUGUUUGUGCUGAAAAUUUGAUAUCUAUGUCCCCAUCAACAUGAGACACUGCCAUUCAUAUUUUGAAUUUUACCUGUAUACAAAUAUCUACCUACACUAGAGAUUGUUCAUCCAAAGCUACCUGAUUUGUAACCUAAUCAUCAGUGUUGGUAUAUAAUGGAAUUUUCAUCAAUGUUAACUUGCAUUGAAUUGAAAUCCUUUCCCAUCAAUGUUGACCUGUAUCUGAAACUUAAUAUAGAAAUUUUUCAAUUCACAAAAUUCCUCCCAUGUUCAUUUGUUAAUUAAGAUAUUUUGUUAAGUUGUGUGUGGAACUACUGAGUUAUCGUUGUACAUUUUAUAGGACCCAAAUGAAUAAAAUCAAUUUUGAUUUAUGAACCACCUGUAGUGGUAGUUAUAUGCUUUUGCAACAAGUGAUAUCUUUCUUUUAACUUCUAAUGAAGGGUAAUAUAUGAUGUACUGUAAAGUCCAUAUCAUUUUUCUGGUGGACCACGACCAUUCUCUGGUAGACUCAGACCAUUCUCUAGUGGAGUCAUACCAUGUUCUGGUGGAGUCAUACCAUAUUCUGGCAGACUUGGUCCAUUCUCUGUGUUAAUUGGCUGUAUUAGUGCUUACAACCGGUCGUAAAUCAUGAAAUGUCAAGUUAUGAAAUGACACUAAAUUCCAUAUCUUUUUAGUUGUUUCCAAAAUUAGUGAAGAAAGCAACAUUUUGUACCUAGAAUGAAAUAUUGUGUUUCCUGUAAAAACUGAGCUCCAGAAUAAACUAACCUUAAAUCAUUUGUAAUUUAUAUAAUCUAAGUGGUUGAUAAACCAAUGGAUUCUGAAACUAUUCUUGAUCUCUGUUGUUUAAUGGAAUCUUGAUAUUUUCAUGUUCAUAUUGCAUUUAAAUUCUGUCAUACAUGAUACCUGAGCUUAUUAUAUAUAUUUUAGUUACUAAUUUUAUCAUUUUUAUAUGAACACAUAGAUCUAUGGAAGUCCUGAUACAAAGCAGGCUUAGUUUCUUAUUUCUGCACUAAAAAUGAAUUUUUUCUUUACCUUAAACAAUAUACAAGUAUUUCAUGAAUGCAUAUUUAAAGAAAGAAAUGUUACUUCAAACAUCUGUGAGAUGAAAACCAGUAGUUUAAUAUGCAUUUAGAUACUAUUUCUUGUUUUGAGUUUUACUGUUCACUUUGAAUAUCCUGUUUUGAUUGUAUGUUGCUACAUGUUUCUGUUUGUAGAUGUCCUAUUUUAUAAUCAGAGUUACAUAGUUUGUUAUCUGCCAGUAGAGUUAUUUAUCUUUGAUGCAAAUAUAACAGUAGCUAAUUAGUUUCUUCUGCAGUUGUAAUUAAAUGCUAUUCCUAUAAUGCAGCAAUGAUUCAUUGUAAUUUGACUUAAUGUUUCAAUAUCGUGUGUAUGUCCGUAUUGUUUCAGAAAUCAUCAUUUUGAAGUGAGACCUUGUUUAAUAAUCAAAGUUGAGCCGUUUUUAUGUCUUUUGUAUCCAUUACAAAUUCAAGUUGAACCACUUUUUGGGGAUGUUUUAACAAACCAUUGUGUUAACAUAUUUUUUAUGGUAAAGAAAACAUUGCUUUGAUAAGUGUGAAUUUGGUGCUUGUAUCAAAAACUUCCAUUAAAACUCAAGUUAAAAGAACUUGAGCUACAGAAGAAGUAAUUAUAUAUAAAAUUGAUAUUAACUUAA